AAAUAUUCACAAAAAACCAAGGCAGAGUAAAAAGUAUGGAAAAUAAGGGGAGACAUCAGCGACAACUUCAUUUUCAUUUUAUAUAAAAGAAACUCGUGCAAGAACAAAAAAAGUAAAAGAUUAUUUCAAGCUGUUAAACAAAGGUAUCAGCCUUCGAUCUCUCUUUGCUUUACGUGCUUCCAUCAACGACCAAUUUCCCGACGGAGUUUUUUUUUUUUUUGGGGUGUGAAAUGAACGUUGAAGAAUCAUGAAGAAAGGAACUAGGAAAGUAGGGAAGUAUGAGGUUGGGCGAACCAUUGGCGAAGGAACAUUCGCCAAGGUUAAGUUUGCGCGGAAUAUAGACACCGGAGAGAGCGUGGCACUAAAAGUUUUGGCCAAAACCACCAUUCUUAAGCACAAAAUGGUUGAUCAGAUUAAAAGAGAGAUAUCCAUCAUGAAGAUUGUUAGACAUCCUAACAUAGUUAGGUUGCAUGAGGUCUUGGCAAGUAGGACAAAGAUAUAUAUUGUUCUUGAGUUUGUAAGUGGAGGAGAACUCUUUGAUAAAAUUGUUCAUCGUGGAAGACUUCCUGAGAAUGAAAGUAGACGAUACUUUCAACAGCUUAUUGAUGCUGUUUCUCAUUGUCACAGUAAGGGUGUAUACCACAGAGACCUAAAGCCUGAAAAUCUUCUUCUCGACUCGUAUGGCAACUUGAAGGUUUCAGACUUUGGACUGAGUGCGUUGCCCCAACAAGGGAUCGGACUUCUGCACACGACAUGUGGAACCCCAAAUUAUGUUGCACCAGAGGUGCUCAGCAACCAGGGUUAUGAUGGUGCAGCUGCAGAUGUGUGGUCAUGUGGAGUUGUUCUCUUUGUUAUAAUGGCUGGAUAUCUCCCAUUCGAUGAGAUAGACCUUCCAACUUUGUACAAAAAGGUUAAUGCUGCCCAAUUUUCUUUUCCAUUUUGGUUUUCACCUGGUGCAAAAUCAUUAGUACAGAAAAUCCUUGAUCCCAAUCCUAAAACUCGUAUUAAAAUUGAGGGAAUUAAAAACGAUCCAUGGUUUCAGAAGCAUUAUGUGCCUGUGAGACCUAGAGAAGAAGAAGUGAAUUUGGAUGAUGUCCGUGCAGUUUUUGAUGACAUUGAGGACCAGUAUGUAUCUGAGCAGUCUGUAGUUGAUGAAGGGGGUCCCCUGAUAAUGAAUGCAUUUGAGAUGAUUACACUAUCCCAAGGCUUGAAUCUGUCAGCAUUGUUUGACAGGCAGCAGGAUUAUGUAAAACGACAAACUCGUUUUGUAUCACGCAAACCAGCAAGAGUUAUAAUCUCAAGUGUUGAAGCUGUUGCAGAAUCAAUGGGUCUCAAGGUUCAUACGCGUAACUACAAGGCAAGACUUGAGGGAAUAUCUGCAAAUAAGGUUGGGCAAUUUGCAGUUGUCCUGGAGGUUUUUGAAGUUGCACCAUCACUGUUCAUGGUGGAUGUUCGAAAAGCUGCUGGAGACACUCUUGAAUAUCACAAGUUCUACAAGAAUUUUUGUGCGAAACUUGAAAAUAUAAUCUGGAAACCGACGGAGGGUCUUGCGAAUUCCAGUCUUCUUAGAACAAUGACUUGCUGAUCCUUUUUCUGUGGAUGUGAUGCAAAUCAGUGAGCAGAUGGGCCCAAGGAAGCUAUUCCUCUGCUGUGCUUCACCAACCCGCCGUCUUGCUAUAAAAUUAUGUCUGCUGCGUACAUAUCAGUUUCCGGGUUUAUGGAUCAUUUGCCAGAUGCAAAGUCGAAGAAUUUAUGACUCCAGGUUGAUAUGUAGGUUUUCUCUUCCUCCACUUCCUGCUCGAGGCGAGGCGAGGCAGGCCCAUUGCCCUUGUAUUUUACAUCCUUUUGUAGCAAAAAAAAUCACGUGUUAAUGUCGUGGCUGUAUUCAAUGAUGUGAUAUGGUAUAACUAUGAUAAUAAUACAGAUUGAGGUCCAUCCCCAUGCCGCAAAUGGGGAUUUCAGUUCA